AGGUUCUCUUUUUGGAACAUAUGUUUAAUCCUGUUUCCAGUGAUAAUGUUCUGCAGCGACAGUUGCCACAGCAAAGCGUGAAGUCAAAAAAUGCAGCGGUUUGGUCAUUGUGUCUAUGUGGCUUCCCGGUGAAGAUAAACCAUCAAGCAUCAGGAUGCAUAGCGGCACCGUGCUGCGUGGUUUCCUGCUCCUCUUGCCUCUUCUCCUCCCUGCAGACAUGGCGGAGGAGGAGAAAGUGCCACUAGAGGUCAUCACCGACAGCUCUCCCUGCAGCGUAACCUGCGGCCUGGGGGUUAAAACCCAAACUCUGUGUUUGCUGAAGGACAGUAAGACAGCGAUGGAAGAGAAUGAUGUCAGCCCGCCAGACGUGUCACAGAAGUGCAGGGUCCAAAAGGCGACGUGUGCGGACUCGUGGCAGUGCGGCCUCAGGACGAUCACCGUGACAUCUGGAGAGAGAGUGGAGAUCGACUGUUUGGGAGAAGUCAUGGAGGCGAUGGGAAGGUUCACCUGGAGGGUUUCGUGGCGCUACGCUCGAGGAAUAAUCAGUUCAGAUGAUUCUCUGUUUGAUCGCUGGGAGGCUCCUCUGUUGGACCGAGUGGUUCUGGACCCUGUCAGAGAGGAGGAUGCAGGUACAUAUCGCUGUGACGUGCAGGACACCAGCUAUCGCAGAGUGAAGAGGGCCUACUGGGGCGUCCGGGUUCUGCCCGCCGGGGUUGUCAACCUGGAUUACCACAGCUCCCUGACCCAGUGGGAAGUGACCGAAAGCCCAGAAAACCUGGGCGUGCUGCACCUGGCCACCGGGAGAGUUCUUCUCCACGCGAUGGUGAUUAGUUUCAUCCUGACAAGCCUCUGGGUCGGCCUGCUGUUCCUCUACAGGACGUUACGCCGGAGACGAAGAGACAAAUCAAAUAAGACACAUGAAAAUAGCUUUCAAUAAUCUCUAAAGUAAGUUCUGGGACAAUAAAAAC